AUGUUGCUUCUGCAUGAGUUCUUUCCAAUUGCAGUUCUCAUCGCAAAAAGAGUUUUAACUUGUAACAGAAUGUUUGAUGACCGACUUCUCAAACGUUCUAAGAUAGCUAUCUUCUGUCUAAUCACUUUCUCAGCCAUAAUUUUUCUUAUCCUUUGUGAUGAUCUUAUUUACCAGGAUUCCCUACGCCCUUCUGCAACCAAAGGACCAGAAGAAGUGUUGCAAGCUCGACCUCACAGAAAUGGAGAGGGGAUAAGGUCAACUCUUGUUCUCACACACUCCCCUUUACGUUCCAUGAAACAGAAUGAAGGAGUUGGCAAAGGAAAUCAAGGAGUCCUAGUUGCUCCAUUUAAUUCCACAGAAGAAGAAAGAAUUGUUUGGUUUAAAGGGAAGCUUCACGAGUUCAAGAUUCUCCAGUCGGAUGGAUUGAGUAGGCAAUUUCAUGCUCGGAUUCUGGGAUUUUUCAGCCAUGAAUGUGAGUCCCAAUUUUUCAUGACUUGGGAGUACCCUGCAGGCUCAUUUGAAGCAAGAGAGUUGUUGUCUAUAGAGAGUCUUUUCAAGGUGCAUCCCAAGGCUUGUUUGGCGAUUCUAUCAAGGACUUUGGAUUCCAUUCUUGGUUAUAGGAUCCUGAAGCCACUUCUUGAUAGGAGGUUCAGAGUUCAAGCAGUGGCCCCAGACUUGCCAUUUCUCUUCAAGGGAACUCCAGCUGAAGCAUGGCUGAAUGAGUUGAUGAAAGGGAAGAAGGACCCUGGUAAGAUUUCUCUGUUUCAGAACCUAUCUAACUUGAUGAGACUUGCAGUUCUGUACAAAUAUGGUGGUGUGUACCUAGACACGGAUUUUAUAGUCUUGAAACCUUUAUCUGUGUUGAGGAAUUCUAUUGGAGCACAAAGCAUGGACUCUGGGAAUAAGAACUGGACUAGACUUAACAAUGCAGUCCUGAUAUUUGACAUGAAUCAUCCACUUCUUCUCAGAUUCAUUAAUGAAUUUGUGUUAACUUUUAAUGGGAACAAAUGGGGUCAUAAUGGUCCCUACCUGGUUUCCAGAGUGGUUGAGAGACUGGGGGAAAGGCCAGGCUUCAACCUUACAAUCUUGCCUCCUUUGGCCUUUUAUCCAGCAGAUUUGAAAAGGAUUGGUGGUCUCUUUAGGAAGCCCAAAACUAGAGGUGAAUCAAAAUGGGUUGAAGCCAAACUGCUUCAGCUAAGUAGUGAGAGUUAUGGGGUUCAUUUAUGGAACAAAGAAAGUAGGAAUUUGAAGAUUGAAGAUGGAAGUGUCGUAGCUAGACUCAUAUGUGAUCGUUGUAUCAUUUGCAAGUAUCUGUAGUCCUGGCUAAAACUGUCUAGAGUUAACUGUGAGUUUCACCGACCAAGCUUUCAGUUUGUAUCCACGACCAAUGUUAUAUUACUCUUGCCAUUGAAUAGC